AUGAGCGCGUCGUCAACUACAACCCAUCCUCCUCCUUCAACUUCAGAAUUGCAUGCCACCUUAUCCCCAGCAGUCAUAAAAGAUGCCUCUCCAGCAAGCUCAUCGGAAGAGGGAUCGAAGAAGAGAGCUCGGUCAGAAGUAGCAGCAGAUGAGCCGACAGCUCCCGCUACGGUCGACGGCGGCGGAGAUGGCAAGGGUCCCGCUAAGAAAAAGACGAAAAUGACCGAGGCAGAGAUGGAAGAGAGAAGAAAGGCGAAAGAAGCCAAGGAGAAGGAAAAAGAGGCCAAAGAGAAAGAAAGGGCUGCGAAAGAGGAAGAAAAGGCUGUAAAGAAAGCCGAGCGAGAUGAAAAGAAACGAAUUAGAGACGAGGAAAAAAAGAAAAAAGAUGAAGAAAAGAAGAAAAAAGAUGACGAGAAGAAAAAAAAAGAUGAGGAAAAGGCUAAAAAGGAUAGGGCUCAAACUCGACUCCAAAACUUCUUUGUGAAGCCUUCUGGCCCUCCAAGUAGUCCGGCAAAGGCUACGGCAGCACCCCCGGGAGCGUGCCCAAAAACAAUGUCACCGGAGCUGGAGAUACGACAGAGGCAGAGCGAUUAUGAGAAAAGCUUCCAACCGUUCUUUGUAAAACCUAAUGUGACAGUCGCGCCACCACACUGCUUCCAGCGUGACGAUGCCUAUAAGUUUGCGAUGAAGGUUUCGAUUGAUAAAGCCCUGACUCUCCCGAGAGAACAUAAUUGCGCGGAGAAUCAGAUGGAGACAGUACCGGCAGUUGGAACAGUAACAAAAGAACAGAUAACAGAACUACUUCAUAUUCCGCCGCAUAAGCGUGGCCCGCGAGGAAAGAUGUUGGGCUAUACAACCAAAGACCUUCUAGCUAGGAUAAAUGCCCCAGACGACUCAUCGCUGCCCCCAAUAAUCGAGCUAAAGAAGCAGAAAAUACCUAAAGGAGCAGAUGGCACAGCAAUCUACUUUAAGAUGCUUAAUUGUUUACCUAAUAAGUUCUUGAAAUUUGCGGAAGAUGUACGACCGCCCUACUCCGGGACAUUCACUAGGAAUCCUACUACCGGUGGUCUCCGCAAAGGACGCAAUCCGUUCCAAAAGACCUUGCCGAAUAUUAAUUAUGAUUAUGAUUCAGAGGCAGAAUGGGAAGAAGGCGCACAAGACGAGGAUGGUGAGGACUUAUUGAGUGAUGAUGGUGAAGAAGAUGAGGAAGUAGAAAGCUUGGAUGACGAAAUGGAUGGCUUUUUGGACGAUGAAGAGGACCAGGCAGCUAAAAACAGGCGAGGUGCUUUGGCCGCUCUAGUGCCGUUAUCUUCGGGCCUCUGUUGGGAGGAUGAGGAUGGUCGGAACACGAGGGCAGAGUUUGAAGAGAUGAAGAUGGAAGUACUUCUUGAGGGUGUAUCUGGUCCUAUUGAUCCGUUUUCAACGGUCUAUUGGAAUCCACCACCGAAAAAUGCCAAGACUUUGACCAGUUUCCUUGUUUCUGCAUCGGCGCCAAAAUCCUCAGUACCAAAGCCCUGCACAUCGAAAGCAUCUGUACCAACUGCUAUGGAACCGCCUCCUCUUCCCCUUGCUACCUCAAAUCGACCUCAAGUAACAACUGUGGCUAUAGGCGCAGAGGCACUAACACCCAAGAAGGGUAAAAGUGUUUUGCUAGUUCCUGCUGAGGACCUUGAUGAUUUUAAGCGUGCGGUUGAGGGUAGUGAUAUGACUAAGGCGGGAUUGAUUGAAGUUUUGAAGAAACAAUUUCCAAAGAUUGGGAAAGAAUCAAUUAAACAAACGCUUAACAGGGUUGCAGCUAGAGUUGGUGAUAGGGAGAGGGACAAGCGAUGGGUGUUGAUUUAG